AUGGACGGCAAGGGCAUGACGGCGGCGACCGAUAACAAUGGUAAUAGCAAUUCUUCCUUGGCUAUUCAAUCUUCAAAUCCAAAUGAGCAAAGACAAGGAGAUGAUGUUAGAGAAUAUGAGGAAAUAAAUUAUGGUGAUUUUAAUGAAGUUAAUGAUGGAGGCCUUGAAGGUGAUAAUGUUCAUGACUUGGAUGCUAAUGUGGAAGUUAAUGAUGAUGGUAUAGAAAAUGAAAAUAUAGAGGUUGGAGAUGAAAAAGGUGAUGAUGAGAAGGAAUGUGAAAAGAAUGAUGAUCAAGAACAAUUUCAAAGGAAGAAAAGAAAGAGGGUAUCAAAAGCUCACUUUGAUUUUACUGAAGUUACUGCAAAGGAUAAUGCAAAAUCCAAGUUUGAGACACCUCCUUUGUCCGAUGGUAAAUAUGAUCAUACAAAGCAAAGAGAAGCUAUUGCUCAUUGGAUUCUGAUGCACGAGCAACCGUUAAGUGCUGUGGAAAAUUUUGGCUUUACUUUCAUGAUGAAUGUUAAUCUUCCACAAUAUGAGAAAGUCUCUCGUGCCAUGGCAAAGAAUGACGUCAUUACUGUUUAUGAAAUAGAGAAGAAAAAGUUACAAUUGCUAUUAAGAACCAUCAAUAAGAUAUCAUUGACCACUGAUAUUUGGAAGUCUAAGGUGCAAAAUGUUUCAUAUAUGUGUGUCACUGGACACUUUGUUGAUUCAAAUUGGCAACUUCAAAAGCGUGUACUUAGUUUCAUGCCUCUUCCUCCUCCGCAUACUGGUGUUGAUAUCAUUGAUGGGGUUAUGAAGUCCACAAAGGAUUGGGGAAUAGAGCAUAAAAUCUUCACUAUUUCAGUGGACAAUGCUUCAAACAAUGAUGUUGCAGUUAGAAUUGCCAAACAAACUUUCUCCAGGAGUCAUAAGCUACCUUUGGGUGGUAAGCUAUUUCAUGUGAGAUGCACUGCUCAUAUUAAAACCAUUGUUGAUGAUGUUAGGAAUAGUGUGCGAUUUAUUAAUCAGUCUGAGUCUAGGUUGAUGAAGUUUUCUGAAAUUGUGCAUCAUUUGGGAAAUCCGGUGAAAAAGUUAGUUCUUGAUUGUGUUACUCGUUGGAAUUCUACAUAUGAAAUGUUAGUUGUGGCCCUUAAACUUAAGGAUGCAUUCCCAAUAUUUGCACAAAGAGAGCCUUCAUAUAAAUGUUGUCCUAGCUUGGAAGAUUGGACUAGAAUACAGGAUGUUCUUAGCAUCUUAGAGGUGUUUUAUGAAGCUACUCAAGUGAUCUCUGGAACUAAGUAUCCCACUUCUAAUGUUUUUCUUGGUGUUGUUUGGAGGGUCAAGCAUGUCUUAAAUGAAAAUGAGUUUCAUCAUGAAGAGGUCAUUAGAAAUAUGAUUGAAAAGAUGAAGAAAAAAUUUGACAAAUAUUGGGGUGAUUGCAAUCUUUUGAUGUCUAUUGGAGCAAUACUUGAUCCUAGGUACAAAAUGAGGUUGGUUGAUUUUGCUUUCAACCAAAUAUAUAAUGCAAAUGAUGCACGUGCAAAUGUGAAGAAUGUUAGGGAUGCAUUACAUGACUUGUUUUAUGAAUAUGUUGAAAUUGAUAACAUGAGAAAUCGAAGAGGUAGUUCUUCUGUGACACAUGUUGGGAGUUCGGUUGUUACUUCUACACGCUUUACUUCUAAAGAAAAAGUAGUCCUUUCUGGUUUGUCUUUGUAUGAUAAAUAUUUAGACAGUGUUGAAGAUGUAACUCCAAAAAAAUCAGAGUUGGACAUUUACUUGGAGGAAGGGGUUUAUAGGUGUCAAGAUGGUGAAGUAACCUCCCCUCUCCGUGGCAUCAGAAGCCACAUUUAG